UAGACGAAGACGAAGACGCCAUGAGCAUGAUAACGGUGAAGGUGAAGACGCUGACGGGGAAGGAGGUGGAGGUGAGCAUCGAGGCGACGGAGACGGUGGCGAGGAUCAAGGAGCAGGUGGAGGCGGCGGAGGGGAUCCCGCCGCCGCAGCAGACGCUGAUCUACGGCGGCAGGCAGCUCGCCGACGACAUGACCGCCGAGAUGUGCGACCUCAGGCAUGGCUCCGAGCUGCACCUCGUUCUUGCUCUCAGGGGUGGACUACUUUGAUCGAUCAGAUCGUUUGCUCCUGAUCAGCUGCUAAUACUCUGUUUCUAUUGAUAAACUUCAUUAAUUACGGUCGAUGUUAGUUUGUGUGUGCGUUGCAAUAAAGUGCAGCUGAUUAAUCGUCUUGUAGUAUGCGAUAAUUUUCUGUGCUUAAUUUGCAUUCCUCUUCUCUUUUUUUUAUAAAAAAAAUUUUGGCAGAGCUUUGCUUUUCAUUCAAUCAGGGAAAUCUGAAAAUUACAGAGGAAAAACGAAUCGGCAGACCUGAAAAUUAAAAAAAAAACUGAAUUUGA